AUGUCCACUGCGACCUCUUCAAACUCCCUUUCACCUCCGUCAUUCCUUUCCGUUUCACUAAGCCAACCUUUUGAUUUUCAAGCUGCUAAAGUUUACACGGAAUCUGUUCAGUGGGCGGGUAUUUGGGUAGCUACACUUUACGUGAUUGCCAUAUUCGGCAUUCAAUGGUUUAUGAAGGAACGCAAACCUUUACAAAUAUCACUUAGUCUGCAAUUAUGGAAUGCUUGGUUGGCGUUAUUUAGUAUUUUGGGUUCUAUUGUGACUAGUUAUGGGCUCAUUCGGGAAAUUUUCUUUGGAGAUGGGUUAGUUGCAUCCUACACAAAAAUUGGAAGCUUUUUUGAGGGAACUGUUGGUCUUUGGACUUUUUGGUUCUGUAUUUCAAAAUUUGCUGAACUUGGCGAUACGAUAUUUAUUGUGCUGCGAAAACGUCCCCUCAUCUUCUUGGUAACCCAAAAAUUGAAUUUAAAAAAUUUAAAAAAUUCAAAGCAUUGGUACCACCACGUAGCCACACUCAAUUAUGGACUAAUGUCCUACGUAGACAACACAGCCUUUAAUUCUUGGAUUGUCUGGCUCAACUUUUCAGUCCAUGCAGUAAUGUAUUCCUACUAUUUCCUAGCUGCUUGCAAAAUUAGACUUCCGGCAUGGUUUGCACAGUGCUUAACGUCUGCACAAAUAACCCAAUUCCUUAUAACUUUGGCUAUAUUGGCUCAUGCUGGUAUUAGAAUGGUUAAUGGAUUGCGUGUUGAUACAACUGUCACCUCUUAUUUGUACUGUCUUUUGAUGGAAAUUAGUUAUGUUGCACUUUUUGGCAACUUUUUUUAUCACUCUUAUAUUCGUGGAGGUGGGAAGAAAUUUAACCGGGAAAAGGCCAAAAAACCAACUGAAGAGCAGCAUUCAAUGAAGAAUGGAACAACAAAAAUGGAUUAA